CUGCUAAGAUUCGCCGUCCUCAUCCCCCUGAUAUUCUCCCUCGUCGCCUUUGUCCUGACGAACUUGGCGUUGUUUGCCGGGCAUCAAAAGGGCUUCAUGGAGGAAUAUGCCGUCAUAAGGCUCAACACAUCCAUGCUCGGCCAAGACAUAUUCCAAAGCGACGACAGCUCAGAUAGCAGCAGCAGCUCCAGCGAUGAUGACGACGGCGACAGCCUCUGGGACAAGAUCACCGACAAGGUGGACGACAUCAAGGACGAUGUCAAGGGCAAGAUCAGCGACAUCGUGGGCGACAUUGCCGACGACCUGGCCGACGAGCUGGGCAUCAGCGACUGGUACUCGCUCCACAUCAUGAACGCCUGCAUGGGCAGCUUCGGGCCCAACGCGACGACGUCGCACUACAAGCUCAACACCACCAACUGCACCUCGUCGUCUCCAGCCAACCGCUUCAACCUGACCGAAAUCCUCGACCACCAGCUCUCCAUCGGCCCGCUGGACCUCAACCUCGCCGACAUCCACUGGCCCGGCUCGAUCCAGAGCAGCAUCGACACGCUCAACGGCGCCCUGCUGGCCCUCUUCGUCUUCUACGUCCUGGGCGUCGGCUUCAGCGGCCUCUCCAUGCUGGCCUGCGUCCCCGCAUUCCUGCUGCAGCAGCAGCAGCCGGGCAAGAGGCUCGUCCUCAUGGUCAACGCCGCCCUGGCGUCGCUGGCCGCCGCCACAAUUACCCUCGGCAGCAUCAUCGCCACGGCCGCCUCCGCCGUCGCCGUGAGCGCCAUCAACGACAAGGGCGAGCCCGUCACCCUCGUGGCCACUCAGGGGAGCAAGUUCUACGGCCUGACCUGGGCUGCGGCGGCGCUGAUGAUUGUGUCGGCGCUGUUUUGGGUGGGCAAGUUUGCGUGGUUGUGGAAGAAGGAGAAGAGGGAG